CUUCUGCGCAGGCGCAAAAGUCUUCUCUCGUGAGAGCUGAAGUAUCACGAGAAGGUCCCGGGUGACCCCGAGAGGCUCACGUGCUUCCAUAUAGCGUUUGCUGGCCGCGGCAGGGUCGCCAAGUUCUUGCAGACACCAUGUUCCUCACUGCUCUUCUCUGCCGCAAUCGCAUUCCUGGAAGGCAGUGGAUCGGGAAGCACCGGCGGCCGCGGGGGGUGUCUUUGUUGGCGAAGCAGAACAUGAUCCGUCGCCUGGAGAUCGAGGCGGAGAACCACUACUGGUUGAGCAUGCCCUACAUGACGGCGGAGCAGGAGUACGGCCACGCCAGCGUGCGCAGGGCACAGGCUUUCGAGGCCAUCAAGGCGGCCAACACUUCCAAGUUUCCCCCACAUAGAUUUGUUGCAGAUCAGCUCAACCAUCUCAAUGUCACCAAGAAAUGGUCCUAACCCUGAGCCAUCAUCUGCCCUGUCUUUACCUGAUCCUGGAACAAAAACCAAGCCAAAAAAAAAAAAAAAAAAAAAAAACAACCCUGUAGUUUCUAUGUACAUGUGAGACUUCAGGCCAGAAUCUUUUUAAAAACAAACAAACAUGAGCUUAGUCAAAACGCCUUGAUAUUUAAAAAAAAACCUAAUCACUGACCUAAUGUGUUUUGUUUCUUUAACCUGAUAGGGAGAGAUCAGGGAUUUCCUGAGUCAUUAAUGAUAUAAACUAUUUUACAUGGAAGCUUAAUAAAACUACGAACUAUGA